AUGUUUCGCCGCUUGCCGCUGGAGCAUGCGCCCUACGCGCGGCGGUGGGAGCGCUUCCAGGCGCUGGAGAAGUGGUUGGACUUGGCCAUCCGGCCGGACGGCAGCGGUUGGCCAGAGGAGGCUGACUUGCUCCAGCACGAGACGGACGACGUUCCAGCGCUGAAAGCGCUCUUGGACCAGGUGCAGAACGAGCUUUGGUCCACUUUGCCCAUGGACUUCGACGAUGAUCACCUUGAAGCGCGAGACUCGCGGCUAGGUGUGGAAGCAGGGCUGGGCCUUUUUGCCACCCGAGAUUGGCCAAACAACCGGCUGGUGGCACACUAUGGAGGAAACAUCCAUACGCUGAAGUCCUCGAUGAAGCUUCAGGACCAGGAGUAUGUGAUGCGCUUGGGUUCUUCCGCCGCUGGUGACGAGAUUGCUGGCAGCGCAUUGUAUGUGGAUGCGGGUCCGCAUUUGGCGGUGAAGGGCAGGUACAUCAACGAUUGCAGCAGCUCGGUCUGGCCAUUGGGGCUUUUGCAAAGGCUUUGCCCCUUGAAUACUCAGACUCGAAGAGUAGGAGUAGAACUGACCAGGCACUGA